AUGGAGAAGCUCGGUCCCGACGACGCAAGCGCCAAGAAGUCGACCUAUGCGCAGGACGACAUGGGCGAGCUCCGCAAGUACAUUGUGGAGAUGAUGCAAGCCGAGAUGGAACUCAUGGAGACCAUCAAGUCCAAAGAGCACCAAGUUGCCGGAACAAAUGCCCGGAUAAAGAACGUCAAGGAGUUAAUCAUCCAAGAACAUCGACGGUACACCACGUUGGUAAAAGACUUGGACGACGACGCCAAGGAGCUCAGGAGACUCGAAGAGAAGCGAUUUGUUGCGGAAGAAAAGCAUCGACGAUUUCGAGAUGCUGUGGCUCAACGGGAAAGCGAGGUGCAAGUCCUCCGCGAUGAAUUUCAGCGCCAGCGAGAGGCCAUGCUUAGCUUGCGAUGCCAGAUUCUGAAUGCGAUGACUCAAUUGGAAACACUUUCGUCGAUGGACGAGUCGGUGAAGAACGAUGCGCUUAGCGUUACUGCUGCUAUGAAAGAGUGGUCGGAGCCGAUACCGCAACGCGCUGCUCGCCAGGAGAUCUGUUCAAAGAUCGAGCAUACCAAACAGUCUACUGUGCAACUAGAGCGGGAGACCAGUCAGCUCAUUGAAAAGUGGACAAGGAUCGAAGCUGAGUUGUCAAACUGUGAGCUUGAGGUUCACAAGCUGCGUGAGCUUCUCUUUUCCAAGGAAAAGGAAGCUGCGGUCGCGUUGGAGCGACUACGUCAGGAGACUCUCCGUCUCAUCCGAGAGAAUGAUAAGAUUGAAGGCAAGCUGAAGACGAAGCGCAAGAAAUUCCGAACAAAAAUCAAGAACGAGAUCAGCACGUUGAAGCGCAGAAUCUCCUUCAUCACUGCAGAGCUUGAAAAGUGUCAGAUGACGAACGAAGACAUGCUGUCACACAUCGGCGCUAUGGGCGCCAAGAGGGAAGAGCUGGAGGCAAGGCUAAGCGCUCGUGACGAACAGUUGGCUGUUGAAGAGAAUGUCAUUGCUGAGCUAUCGACAGCAAUUGCUACCGGUGAUCAGAGCAAAGAUGACUUUGACACGAAGUGUCUUCAGGAAAAACUGGCUACAAAGCGAAGUGCAGUCGAGGCAGUCCAGAAAAAACUGCAGGAGAAGCAAAAUCUGCUCAAGAUUUCAAACGAAGGCCAAGCGCAAGUCAAUGAAACUCUGGGGGACAUCGAUACGCAGAUCUUACGGACAAAGGACACUGCUGCAGCGUUGGACGGUGAAAUAAUAUCGCUGGCGAAGGAUCUUGAAGUGCAAGAGGUCAAACGCCAAAGCCUGAGUACAUUGCUGGACAAAGCUGAGAAGGAGAAUGACGAUCUUCAAGUCGAAAUUCAAGAAUGCCAACGCCUAAACAAGAGCCUUGUCAAAAAGCAAGCAAAGCUCCGUCGACAGAAAGCCUCGUUACUCAAGCAAAAGCAAGAGCAGACAUCGGAGCUUCGUCAAGCCGAAAACUUGCGCGGGGUCUUGGCCAAAGGAAUUCAGUAUGGAACCCAAUACGCUCAUGAUCUUGACAACGCCAACACGCACAACAACGACCUGAGAAAACGCAUUGAAGUUGAGCUCCGUCACCAAGAGCUAAUAUUGCAGGAACAGUGCGCUCGAGAAGAGCACAAACUUCAAGCAGAGGUCAUGGCUUGGGACGAUAAGAUUAAACGAAUGGAGCAAGAACUUCGCAUCGAAGCGUAA